UUGUCUCAGUGUGUUUGAGAGCUGUGCUUUUUCUAUUGAGAUUUUAUUGUAAGGCUGGAGGUUUAGGAGCAAUUUCAGUCGUUGCAGGAGAACAUCACCUCCACUAGAUGUCAUCCUGCUCCACCUAACCUCAGUUGGAGUUAAUGGCAUUCCUGGAUCCUCCCUCUCCUCUGGGGCUUUCACUGAGGAUGCACAGGUAGACUACACUAUUUGGGAUCAGAUCCACCACCUAGAACCUCCAGGAACUACAUCAAGAAAGUUUUUGGAACUUUUAAGUCUUUUGGAACUUUUUUUUCUCCACUUUCUUCAUUUCCCAUCUUUAGUUUCUGAAAUCAAACAAUGGCCAAUGCAAGUAUACAGCUUCUGGGCUUAACGCUGGCCUUCAUGGGCUUCAUUGGCUCGAUAGCAUCCACAGUCAUGGUGGAAUGGAAAGCUUCGUCGUAUGCAGGGGACAACAUCAUCACAGCUCAGGCGAUGUAUGAAGGGCUGUGGAAGAGCUGUGUAUCACAGAGCACCGGUCAGGUUCAGUGUAAAGUGUAUGAUUCACUUCUCCAACUACCAGGUAUAGUCACGGGCACACGAGGGCUGAUGCUGGUCUCCAUCAUGCUGAGCGUUAUCGCUAUGUUGGUGUGCAUGGUGGGCAUGAGGUGCACCACCUGUAUGGCAGAACAACCGGAGCAGAAGGACAAAGUGGCUCUAGCUGGAGGAAUUGUCUUCAUUAUCGCUGGUUUGCUUGCUCUGGUGGGAACGUCUUGGUAUGGCCACAGAAUAGCCAAAGACUUCUACGACCCGUUUACUCCGACUAACUCCAGGUAUGAAUUUGGAAGUGCCCUGUAUGUUGGAUGGGGAGGUGCCUGUCUCAUCAUCAUAGGAGGAGCCUUCCUCUGCUGCAACUGCUCCAGCAAGGACUCAGGGAAAGGUCCACGCUACCCAGCAUCCCGCUCUGCAAGCCAGCCGGGCAGGGACUACGUCUAGGACAAUCACUAAACGAUGUCUUUGCAGGGAAUUGUCUUCUCUCAUUCAGAUUUUUUUUUAAUGUUUUGCAACAUGUAUAUUUGCAGGUGUUAUAUUUGGUGUAUGUUUAUAUUUGUUGGGAAAUACAUUCAGAGAGCCCACAGACAGCAAAAAUAAGAAAUAAAUAAAAGUGUGUGGCAUCUCUUGAAUACUGCAGGGAACUUCCACAUAUUAACAGUGGACAUUAAUAUUAAAGAUGACUUUUACCCAUUUAGUAUAAAUCUUCUGAGGGUGUGACAGUUUUAUUUUUGUUAUUUUCUUUGUUUGGAAUCGUGCCAUUAUUCUAUCAUAUCAUGUAAAAUAAAAUCCUCAUCACUUUCA